AGUAACCCCUCCUUGUCUGAGAGCUGACUCCUAUACUAAUAUAUAAACUGUCACACAGCCCGAUACAUCAUAUACUGUCUGUACAUCGCCUGGGAUUACCUCACUCCAACGGACCAAUAUAACAUAGUUUUAUUUCGAUUUAUUGGAAAUAUUUACCCUUCUGAUUGGAAAAGGGUUGUUUGACCUUUGACUUCACUGACAUUACAUAAUGUCACAGUUCGAUGCUCUUCUCGACUUUGGGGAUCCAGCCCCUGCAGCUAAUGGAACGGUUCAGAAGACGGAUGACUUCGAUCCUUUCUCGGCCAGUCCCACCAUCGAUAUGAAGGGAUCUGCAAGCGGAGACCUGUUGGGGGACUUUUCUUUUGAUAGCCAGGUUUCACAACAAACUAACGGAACACAUAAUGACACAGAUGUGUUGACAGGAUUUAGUGCCCCGUCCAACAACAUAAACCCUUUGUACGACCUCAUUAACACGGACCUAGAGCCUGACGAGGCACCUACCAACAGUGCUGCACUCUCAUCAAACCCAUUGUACGAAAUGUCGACAGAUUAUGAGGAACCACAGAAGCCAGAUAUGGCUACCACCGAGUCGGACAAUCCAAUGUACGGAUAUUUAUCUAGUGAGGAAAACACAAAUGGAUCCCCUUCUGAGGAUUUAAUGGGAACCAGUACCACGGUAACUAGUGAUGAUUCAGGAGUUACUAUGGAAACUGCCCAAACAAGUGAGGAGGAAUUAAUUAUGGUAAGUGGUGAAAAAUCGGUGGUAGAAAACGGUGAAAAUAUGUGUGAAAAUGUAAAUGUUGUUAAUGGUGACGCUUCCUCAUACCAGGAGGAAGUGGUGUGUGAUCAAGGGGAGAUAAUUGAGAAUGAUGUUCAGGAGGAUGUUGUUCCCCAAGAGGAUGCAACUACUGAACAAUUCGUUGACCAAGAUAUUCAAGAUGGUAUUUCGGAAAGUGUAGAUACUGCUGCAGUGUCUUCAGGAGAAUUGGAAGAUAAGCCUACUUAUGAUGAGGAGGAAUCCGAGGAAACUGUUCAAGAGGUUUCCAUGGAUACCUACAUGCAGAGUGCUCAAGAUGAACAAAAUAUUGCUGAACAAGAAGCAGAUGAAAAUCCCAGACAGGUGGAAGAGGAAAAAGUUCCAUAUGAAGAGGAGCAGCUCAUUGAACCUGUACAGACUGAAGUAGUCGAAACCCAACCAGAACUGGUUCAGACAGAGGAACCUCAAGUUCCAGAGCCUGUUGCAGAACCAGAAACUUACCAUGAACCAGAACCUGCUCAGGGUGAGGUUGAGCCUGAACCAGAAGAACAGUAUGUGGAAGAGGAAGUAGUUCAAGAGGUUCAGGAAGAUGUUCAUGUGGCACCACAAGUUCAGGAAGAAGAGGUAGCACCACAGCCUGAGGAGGAGGAAGUGGCACCACAACCUCAGGAAGAGGAAGUGGUACCACAGCCUCAGGAGGAGGAAGUGCCACCACAACCUCAGGAGGAGGAAGUGCUGCAACAGCCUCAGGAAGAGGAAGUGCCACCACAACCUCAGGAAGAGGAAGUGCCACCACAACCUCAGGAAGAGGAAGUGCCACCACAACCUCAGGAGGAGGAAGUGCUGCAACAGCCUCAGGAAGAGGAAGUGCCACCACAAACUACUGAAGCGGAAGUAGCACCACAAUUCCAAGAGGAGGAAGUGGUACCACAGUCACAAGAGGAGGAAGUGGUACCAGAACCAAGUAUGUCCGAGGACCAACAGGCAAUCAACCAGCAGGAUGUUGUAACGGAACAAAAGGACAACAAGACCGUAACGACCAAGACUGAGGAAACAACCACGACCAAACAAGAAGAUUCCGGACCAAUAGUCACCACAACUUCGAAAUCCAGCAGUGAAGUGGUAGAAAAUGGACUCAAUGAUGCUAAGGAAAACCAAGAAGAGAUUCGUUUUGACGAGAUGGCCAACAUAAAGAACAAAUUUGAGGCUGGAGACAGUAAGGUCAUGACAUCUGCUGGAAAGGUCAAUGUCCACGAAGAGAUCUUAAAUGUUCAGAGUGGUGAGUUUGAAAAUGAACCAGAAAAGUUUGAGCAGUGGCAAAACCAGACGGAAGGCGGAGUCUAUGAGAGUCAGCCACACGAAAAUCCAGAUGUCUUUAAAGAAGGUCAGAAAAAUGUGGGAGAAGAACUCCCAGAAGUUGGUAUGGCUAAAAAUGUCUUGGAAAAAUUCAAGAAAAUACAAGAAGAAGGAUAUACUCCAGAAAAAAAGAAGGAAUUAACCCCAGACAGAACUGGGAAAUAUGAGUAUGUCAGUGAGCCACGGUCAGUCCUGGAGAAGCCGAAAGAAGUUGUAGAAGCAGGCGUUUUUGAGAGUCAGCCAACAGAUCCAGAAGAUGUUGUUCGGUCUUCAGACCAUUUGCAAGAAGCUUUGCCAGAGCAAGGCUCCGCUAAGAAUUUACUUGCUAAAUUUAAACAGUUUGAGAGUGAUGUUGGCAACAAACCUCCUCCAACUCCGGGACAAAGGGAGCUAACCCCAGACAGAAAUACAAAGGGAGAGUAUGUAAGUGAGCCAAGGUCACAAUUCCAGCAAUACGAGGGAAAGGUUGAAUCUGGAGAAUUUGAAAGUCAACCACAGGAAUUUGAGGACAUAGUCAAGUCUGGCAAUUCUGUUGAAGAAGUACUUCCAGAAAAGGGCACAGCACAUAAUUUGGUUUCCAAGUUCAAACAAUACCAAUCUGAAUCGGCUUCUCCUCCUUCACCACGACAGAAGAAAGAGCUGACACCAGACCGAUCAGGAAAGGUGGAAUAUGUCAGUGAACCAAGGGGACAGGUUGAAGUUUAUGAAGGCAAAUCUGAAGCAGGCAUUUUUGAAAGUAGUCCAGUUGACCAACCAGAAAUUGUAAAGUCAGGAGACUUUCAGCCUGAACCACUACCAGAGGAAGGAUAUGCCAAAAAUGUUGCUGCUAGAUUCAAAGAAUGGGAAAAAUCUGGUGGCUCUUCCCCAACUGGUACUCCCAUUCGACACAAGGAGUUCACACCCCCUAGGGAAGAUGCAGAUCGCACAGUGGCUGGAGUUUUGGAGAACACACCAGAGUCCCUGGACAUAGCCCGAGAGACUGAUUCACGAUUUCAAGAAACAGAGUUACCAGAGAGAGGUAUGGCGAAAAACAUGCUUAACAAAUUCAAGGAAAUUCAGGCAAAUUCACCGACCAGUCCACGUAACAAGAAGGAAUUCACCCCACCCCCAGACCAUGGCUCAGGUGUGUUUGAGAAUAAGCCUGCUCCUUCUCUUGAAAUUGAUGUCCGACAAGCAGAAAGUGGAAUUCUAGAGAGUUCACCGGUAGCCCGGGAAGAUGUUGCUAAAGAACAUGUGUCUGCAGAGGAAACCGUUCCUGAACAAGGAUAUGCCAAGAACAUGGUCAACCGAUGGAAGCAGAUGGAAUCUGUGAGUGCCAAAUCAUCGCCAUCCCCAAGAUACAAAGAAUUCACACCCCCAAGAGACAACCUGAUGAGUCCAAAGUCCCCUGCAGGUUUAAACAGCAGUGUAAACCCGAACGACCUUCCAGGCCAGUACCAGGAGCAGGUGUCGGCAGGUGUUUAUGAGAACACACCGGAGCACAAAGAAGGUGUCUUCCGGGAGGCAGACACGGACUUCGAGGAGGGCCUUCCAGCCAAGGACACAACCAGAUCAUUAUUACAGAGAUUCAAGUCUAUACAGGACCAGGCUAAGGAGGCACAGGACACGCCCAAACCUAUCUCCAGAAAAGAAUCAAACGAAAAUGGAAACUCACCUGCUCCUGAAACUAAGAAGAUGUUUGAGCAAGAAGACAGUGGUCCACAAUGUGAUCAUGGUGAUGGUAACCAUGGCAAUAGUGAUCAAGAUGAUCAGGCUAUACCUGAUCCUGAUAGUCCGACUCCUGGUGAACAGGAGAGGGAACCAUCUGUGGCAGCUAAGAAGCCAAGCUUUGUACCUGUCCUCGACAAGUGCGCAGCAUGCGGAAAAACAGUCUAUGCAUUGGAAAAAGUGGAGGUCAACAAAAGCCUAUACCACAAGGCUUGUGUUAGGUGCUCCCAUUGCAAUGCUGUCGUAACGUCAAAAAACAUGUCAGUGAAUGAAGGAGUGAUUUUCUGUACUCCGCACUUUAAACAGCUGUUUGCAAGACGGGGAAACUAUGACGAGGGAUUUGGACGAAAGCAGUAUAAAAAGAAAUGGGGAGGAGAACAGAACGGCGAGACCAGUUAGAUUUUCAUAGGAUUUAAGUCAUAAACACAUCUCAAACCAUACUUUGUAUAGCCAGUCCAUAACGUUAUUAUAUUGUAUUCCUUUGGUACCACCUAUCAAAUUUCGCCGAGUGCUGCCGAGUUCUGUUUUUCUGUCUCCAUGACAACUGAUCUAUCGGGGCACUUUGCUCUGUGUUCCAGUAUUACUGUGAAGGAAUACAUUUCAUACAUGGAAAUAGUGCAUGUUACUUAAAUUUCAUAUUGGAUAGCUGUUUUUGACGUAAUGCCUUCUAUACCGUUUUUGUACGGUUGCCAUUUGUGAUAAAAGCAUAGUCUGCUUGUGCUCACCACUGUAGCAGAACAUGUAAGUGAGUCUCAGAUUUUACCUUAAAUCUGAUGUUUGUACAACAGCAAAUUCCUUCUCAAAUAUGAGUAAUUUGUACCAAGGCAUUUUGAUGUACUGUAUUGGAAAAAAAUUGAUGAAGAGUUAUGAAAUUAAAGGUGCACUCGAACCCAACUGAAGUUGUCUGAACUUUUAGUCAUUAUGUAAACAAAACAUCUCUAACACUAAAUGUGUGUUUCCCUCAUAUGUUUACACUUGAUUAAGUAACUACUGUAAUAAAAUAUCUAUAAAAUUAGAAAUUAACAAUCUUCUACUGAAUCAAUUUUGACAUACACUUACAAAUAUUUAGUGUAACAAUUGUUCUUUAAAGUAUAUUGACCUACAUGUAUUUAUUUUUCAGUUGAUGAAAAAACAAAAUUGCCUUAAAUUUUAAAAUGAAAUUGUAAAUUUAAUUUGACACAUAUUAAUCAAUACUAUCUGUAUAAAGGGGAGAUUCUUCAAUGGUUCUUGACACAAACGUAAUUGUGGAUACAGAAUGUGAACUUUCAAACUUGUGAAAUUGAAAGUAACACUUGUGUUAUGAAGUCCAGCAAAACAGGAAAUAUAUGAUAUUAUUUUCUUUGAUUUUCCAAAAAAAAAACAAUUUGUGUGUUUUGAUAAAAAAAUAAUCAAGAAUGAUUUAAAAGUGUAGUCCACAAGUACAAUUAAAUUUGAUUCAACACAGUACUUAUAUGUAGGUAAAUUUUACAUACCCAAGGAAAUCUUCCAAUACCUAUAUGUCCUUUUUAUACUGGUACUGAUACUUUUAGUUUUGUUUAUUGAAUCAUGAACUAUGCAACUGGUGCUGUUGUGAGAGUGAUGGGAUACGAUUGUACACGGUGGACAUUUUUGUAAACCUUGUUAUGUACACGGUGGACAUUUUUGUAAACCUUGUUAUGUACUCUCUUGUUCAGUGUUUCUCAUUCAGCUUUUGCUUUGGAUGUUCUUUUAUGAUAGAUUUUGACAGAAUUGUUUUCUCGAAAUAUUUCAUAAAAUGUGAUUUAAAAAAAGUAAUUAUGUAAUAAAUGAGAAAUUUGUUGAAUUUCAUAUUGUUUGUGAUCUCACACGAAAGUCCACAUUUUACAUAACUUGUGCUUUUGUCUACUUUUUCAUGCAUUUUGUACGCUAGAUUUUUUGGCAAUGAUAAAAGAGUUUUAUGCUGUCACAAGAAUUAUUUGAACAAAGACUGAUGCCCAUGUACAGCUGUCCAACCAACUGUCCAAGAUAUAAGGGUAAAAUAGAAAACUUGUUUGUGAAUAUGACAAGUUACAUUCAAACAGCUGCAAAGAAUUCAGUCACAAAUUACACCUGAUUCAUUGAGGGAAAAAAAGAUGAACAGUAGUUGAAUUGUGUCAAGGUGUUCAUUCUAUGGAAUACCUGAAUAAGUGCUAAAUUCUUUUAUAAUAAAAUGGUGGACAUCUACAGCCGUUAUAUGUUCCAUAACAAGGACAUGAAUACAACAAAAAAAGGUGUUUGCUUGGUUAAGAUUUUAUAUUUUGAAGGAGAUUCAUUGUCCUGCAAGGCUCCUAUCAGUUAUUUAUAUUUAUUUAUUAUGAUUACAUGGUCGGGAGGUUUUGAGACAAUGUGCCUACCAGUUCUACAGUGCUGUUAGCGCAUGUAUGGGGCCAAUUUCAAUAACAAUGAAAUGUACCCUUCUAGUAAAGAAAACUGGUUCUACCAGGAAAUAAAAAAAAAAUCUUACUAUAGUCAUGCAUAAAAUUACAGACUUUGGGAAUCAUAGGAAUUGUGAUAUGGGAAUUAUGUAUGAACGAUGAUGAUAGGUUACCAUGGUAACAUACAGUUACAUGGCGACAUGAAUAAUUUGGACAUGUUGAUGUGUAUGAAUGUUUUACAUCAAGAAUUGAGAAUUUUUUUUGUAAUUGUUGCUUGCUAGCUUAUUGUGUAAACGAUAUAAUGCAUAUAAUUGUUGUGUAUAUAUAUUAUAUAUAACUUUCUUUUCAAAAGGCUGUCUUUUUUGUAGAGCCGUAGCUUUGUUGUAGUAGUGUAUUUCAUUAUAAGUGUAGAUUUCACUAAAGAAAAUUUUAAAGAUAUUUUUCACAUUAAGAAGUUGAUAAGAAUUAUUUCUUCAUGUCUUUUUUUUUAAACAUUAUAAUCAUGUGAAGUUCAAAAACUUCCAAAUCAUAGUCUACAUUUUUUUCACAAGUGCAAGUUGAAAUGAAAUACCAGUGCUUGAUGCAUAGGAAUUUUGCAAUAAAUAAACAAAUUUUAAGUUCA